AUGCGCCUUCAGACGCCGUCGACGACCACAAUUCUUUGCGCCUCGAGGAUACAUGGUAGACCGCUGAGGAAACGAAUUCGGGUCCCAAUCGGGCCGGUGAGGACGAUCAGCACUUUGACGAAGAGUAUCUACGAAGGGCCAGCAGAGCCCCCUUUGCUUCCUCAUACUAUCCCCGAACACUUCAGCUCGAUCGUGAAACGGUUUGGCGACAGACCAGCCGUCAUCUCCCGCACCCCAACCACAAGCCACGAUGCGCUCCCGAACAUACCCGCGGACGGCGUUCCCCCGGCCGUGGAAACGACGCUGAGUUACGAGAAGCUCGACCUCGCAUCGAACGCGCUCGCCCACUCUCUACGUUCACUAGGGGUGAAGAAGGGCGAUCGUGUCGCCGUGAGCUUGGGGAACUCUGCCGAGUUCGCCACUCUUACCUACGCUAUCUUCAAGCUCGGCGCUAUCCUUGUGCCCUUGAACCCAGGGUUCAACGCCAAGCAGGUCACGGCCGCUCUCAAUCACUUAGGCGUUGAGCUGCUCAUUAUCGGCGCCGUCACCGACCUUGCCUACAAGCCCUGCCGUGGGCGGAGCAACCUUCCGCUGCUACAAACCAUCGCCCCGGACCUCGAGUCGGGGCGCAUCGAAUCACCCGAGGUCCCAUCACUCAAAACAAUCGUAGUCGUCGACAACUCAAUCUCCCACCCACUGAGUGGCUUCCCGCCAUUAGCCUCUCUCCGCUCGCUUACCCCCUUUACUUCCCUCAUACCGGGCCUCACCAGCACCCGCGUAUCCUCUGCCGCAUUCGCUGCCCGCGCCGUCACCCCCGACUCCCCAUUGUCUCCGACCGAAACAAUCAACAUCCAAUUCACCAGCGGCACCACCAGCCACCCCAAAGCGGCCAUGCUCUCCCACACCAGCAUCCUCAACAACGGCGCGCUCAUUGCCCACCGCAUGGGGCUCGACCCCUCCGACCUGAUCGUCUGCCCGCCCCCGCUCUUCCACUGCUUCGGCUCGGUGCUGGGCUACAUGGCCACCGCCACGACCGGCGCGGCCCUCCUCUUCCCCUCGCCGGCGUUCGACCCGCGCGCCGCCCUGCGCAUGGCCGCCGCCCACCGCGCCACGGGCCUCUACGGCGUCGCGACCAUGUUUGUGGCUAUGUUUGAGCUGCUGCAGCAGAAUCAGAACCAGAACCAGAACCCGGACUUGGGGGUGUUGUCUGCGGAGCAGGUGGCGGCGCUGCCGGGGCAUUUGAGGAAGGGCAUUGGGGCGGGGAGUUCGGUGCCCGAGUCGAUUAUGCGGAGGUUGUACGCCACGUUUGGGCUGCAGGAUCUGGUGAUUUGCUAUGGCAUGACGGAGACCAGCCCGGUGAGCUGUAUGACCGCGCCGGGGGACUCGUUUGAUCGGAGGACGAGGAGUGUGGGGCGGGUCAUGCCGCAUACGAAGGUCAAGAUUGUGGAUCCGUUGGAUCGGGGGCGGGUGGUGCCUGUUGGGGAGAAGGGGGAGUUGGCGGCGGCCGGGUAUUUGGUAAUGAAGGGGUAUUGGGGGGAUAAGGAGCGGACGGAGGAGGUAAGGCGGGUGGAGAGGGAUGAGGAGGGGGUCGAGGAGGUGUGGAUGUACAGCGGGGACGAGGCCAGCAUGGACAAGGACGGGUAUGUGGAGAUCACGGGGCGCAUCAAGGACCUGAUCAUUCGCGGGGGGGAGAACAUCCACCCGCUGGAGAUUGAGAACUGUCUCUUCCAGCAUCCGUUGGUAGCCGAGGUUAGUGUGGUUGGCGUGUCGGAUGAGAAGUAUGGGGAGAGUGUGGGCGCGUUUGUCAUUGUGCAUAAGGGUGUGGUGACGGAUGAGGAGGCGGAGACGGCCGGCAAGGGGGAGGUGUUGACCAAGGAGAGUGUGCGUGAGUGGGUGAGGACCCAUCUGUCGAGUCAUCUGGUGCCGAAGCAUAUUUGGUUUGUGACGGAAUACCCCAAGACGGCGAGCGGCAAGAUUCAGAAGUUCAAGUUGAGGGAUAUGGCUAAGCAGUUGUUGGAGGCUGGGCGGUAG